UCUUCCUCCAUUUCGAGCUACUCCUUAUACGCGGUUCUCAGACGAAAGGCCUUCGCUACUUCUUAGUUUGUCGGCUGUCUGCCUUGCUUUUUCUUCUUCGUUCCUGACUAUCGUUGGUCCCGCUCUCGUUACCGGAGUGUAGGAUCCCGAGUCGUCCCUCCCAGCAGGCAGCCAUGGGAGUGGGUCCGUCGUGCGCCGCCGUGUGCUGCACGGCGUGCGCGUGCGAGGCGUGCAGGAACGUUGUCGGAAGCAUCAAUCGGAGCACGGCUCGUCUCGCCUACGUUGUGCUCUUCGCCCUGUCGCUGCUGCUCUCGUGGCUCGUCCGUGACUACGCUCAGCCGCUGCUCACGUUUGCGGAAACGCUGGACCCCAUGCACGUGAUCCACGUGCCGGACAGCGCGUGGUUCCAGGAGCAGGCGGUGCUGCGCGUGUCGCUGGGCACGAGCCUCUUCUUCGUGCUGCUCGCGCUGCUGCUGCUCAACGUGCAGCUGCAGUCCGACUACCGCGACGCCUGGCACCAUGGCGGCUGGUGGCUCAAGCUCGUCGCCUGGCUUCUGCUGCUCGUCGUCGCGUUCCUCGUGCCCGACUCCGUCGUCUCCGCCUACGGCUACGUUUGUCGGGGGGGGUCGUUCGUGUUUCUGUUCGUGCAGGCCAUGAUACUGCUUGACUUUGUUUUCGCGUGGAACGACGACUGGGCGUCCAGGGACGAGCACAGAUGGUACAUGGCGAUGCUGGUGGUGUCCAUCGGUGCGUACGUGGUGUGCGUGGCGCUGCUGAUAGUGCUGGCGGUGUGGUUCGUGCCCAACAGCGACACGUGCCAGACCAACCAGCUCAUCCUCUUCUUCUCCACCCUGCUCAUCGUCGCCCUCACCGCCGUCUCCCUGCACAACAAGGUGAACGGCAGCCUGCUCCCGGCGUCCAUCGUGUCCAUCUACUGCACGUACGUGGCGGCCACGGCGCUAUGCUCGGAGCCGCGCGACUACGAGUGCAACGGGCUGGCACCGCACCUCAACUCGCUCUCCUCCACGCGCCUCGCGCUCUCCAUGCUCGGCGCACUGCUCUCCGUUGCCUACUCCGCCGUCAGGGCCGGCUCCUCCACCGCUCUGCUCUCGCCUCCGGAGGAAGAUGACCUCGAGCAUCCGCUUCUCCCAACCACCGCCGACGCCGAUGCAUCAAAGCCCCCCACCUCUGCCGCGGCCACCCCCAGCGAGCCCGAGCCGGCGGAGCAUGUGGCGUACAGCUACUCGUUCUUCCACCUCAUCUUCGCGCUCGCCGCCGCCUACUCUGCCAUGCUGCUCACCGGGUGGGGCGUGGGGUCGUCCGCGCAGGCGGCGGGCGGCGGGGAGGCAGAGUAUCUGAUUGACGUGGGGUGGGGGUCGGUGUCGGUGAAGCUGCUGCAGCAGUGGGGCACGGGGCUGCUGUACGUGUGGGCUCUGGUGGCGCCGCUACUCUUCCCCGACCGGGACUUUUCUUAGAGCCAGGAUAGACUGGAUGGAUGGAUGGAUGGAACGGCUCUGGCAGCUAGCUGCCUGUUCUGCCUUGGUAUUCUCCCCUGCGACUGCACAUGGUUCCCCACUUCUCACUAGCGGCUUCCUUUCAGAGUGUUAUCGGCAGACGUCUGUGAAGCACAAACUUGUUCAUAUCUCCGCGGAUUUUGUUUAUAAUACUGCACCCGCAUUAUGUAAGUUGUAAUGUUAUGUGUUCGUACUAAAACAUACUUUUUCUU